ACGGAAAUCCUAAGGGAAAAAAAAAAUGAGAAAUCUAAUAACCAUACCAGGAUUGUUUAGACCAAAGGGUGUGGGUUCUUUUUUUGUUUGUGGGUGGUUGUUGGUUUUAUUUGUUGUUUGCUUUUUUGCUUUUGUUAUUAAUCAUCUGGAAUAGAGGAUAUAUUCAUGGGAUAGAGAAUAUAGUUCGGUAGACAUCACAGCAGCUGUGAAGAGCUUUGUGUUUGCAGGUAAACUAGAGAUUUGUUGAUCAGGUGGUCUCCUUCAACAUCCUCUCUCUCAUAGACACCAGAGAGUCUUUAUGGUGAACGUUUCUUUGGGCUAAUCAGCCUCCAGAACUUGCUAGAAGCCGUGCUGACCACCCUGACAGAGUAUGGAGGAUAAUAAUCUUUUCCAUGUUGAGGGGAAAAAAAAAGUAUAUGUAUGGUAGAACCCAAACUUACUCUGCGCCUCACUUUGUCUUUUGUUUUGUUGUGACUCCUUGGUUGGGAAAUGUUACUGCAGUAGUCGUUGUUGGAGUGUGUCUUAAUGAUCUUAAUUAAGAUUAGGACACUGUAUCUGGUCUGCUCUUAAUUCUGCCACCAUGUUUUGGAUAUUACUUUCCAGACUCUUUACCUCAGCUGCCAGGCAUAUACCUUAAUAUACAUUUUGACUUUUAUUUCUGAAUUAAUGGCUUUCAUGUCAUGCCUUCUUUUAACUCGAUAACCCGCAUUUUGUUACAUUAGUAUAUUCAUGUGAUGUAUCCCUAUAUCCAUUUCUUAGUUAUAAAAUGUUUGGUUUUGAAUACUCUUUUCAUAUUUUAUUUUUGAAAGCUUUUUCUUAGCUGCUGACUUUGUUAUCUGUGCAGCAUUCAUAUGCUCAGAUCUCAGCACGCUUUUCCUGAUAGAGUUUGACGUUUCACUCAGCUGAAAUAUCACCAACUUAAGCUAUAGGACUUCGUGUGUAUGCAGAUAGUUCUCAAAUGCCUCCAUAACUCCCAGGGUUUAUCAUGCAGGUAAUUAGUGAGAUGACAUUUUCCUCUGGUUUCGUGCAUUUUGAGAUAAGCUUUGCCACAAGGCAGAAAGUAAUUCAGUUUUAUGAACCUCAGUUUGGUUUUUCUCUUACUUUGUGGACAUAUGACAGGUCUCAAAAGUGUCUAAAAAUUAUCCUGGUGGAGGCCAGAUGCUCUUUGUGGUGGCUUUCUAAUUCGUAUUGUAUUUGUGUUUGGGGUUGUCCAGAUGUCAGACACAUAAAACAGUGACCUGGCUUUCCCAAGGCUUGAAAAGAUUUAUUGCGCUAGUGACUGUUGUUGCGUCUUAUUUAUUUGUUUUGAAACCCAGUCCUUGAAUUAUCAUCUUAUGUAUAUUUCUUCAUUUGGUCAAAGACUGAAUUUCAGAGCUCAGCAACAGCAAAAUCUCUCUUGCCUGCUGUUUCCAUAACAUUCUGCCACCUGUACUGAUGGUAACAAGUGUUCAUUGAUUGGAAUUGCUUUCACAGUGGUUUCUAAGGCAACUAGCACACCUACCCACAAAAAUGAAUUUUGUAGAACACAAGUAGCACACAAAGAAAAUUCUAGCACUGCCAUGAUUACCUGAUUUUCCUGUAAAAGUAAAAAAAAUAAUAGAAAACUCACAAUGCCUUGUUCAGCAGGAAUCACAUUUGUUGAUUGCAGGUAUAGUGUUCCAGGAGCUCUAGGGCUCGUUGACUUAUGUACACUGAUGAAGCAUUUCUAUUCCAGCUCUGUCUCUGAAGAUCUGGGUUGCAGACGUGGAGAGUUUAGCAGAAAGCACUACGGAUCGGUGGAGCUUCUUAUAUCUAGUGAUGCUGAUGGAGCCAUCCAAAGAGCUGGGCGGUUCCGUGUGGAAAACGGCUCCUCUGGUGAGAAUGUAGACUACACUCCAGGUACCUGGCACAGAACAGACGUGCAUUUGGAAAACCCAGAGUACCACACAAGAUGGUAUUUCAGAUAUUUUUUAGGGAAAGUUCAUCAAAAUUAUAUAGGUACAGAUGCGGAGAAGAACCCUUUCUUCCUCUCUGUUGUACUGUCUGAUCAAAAUAAUCAGCGUAUUCCUCAAUAUCAUUCAAUACUUUGGAGAAAAACAGGUACUCAGAAAAUGUGUCUCCCUUAUAGUCCCACAAAAACAUUAUCAGUGAAAUCUAUAUUAAGUGCUAUGAGUCUUGACAAAUUUGAGAAGAGCCCAAGGGAAAUUUUUCAUCCUGAGAUACAAAAGGAUUUAUUGGUUCUUGAAGAGCAAGAGGGGUCUGUGAAUUUUAAGUUUGGAAUUCUUUAUGCUAAGGAUGGGCAGCUUACAGAUGACGAAAUGUUCAGCAAUGAAACCGGAAGUGAAAGCUUUCAAAGAUUUUUGCAUCUCUUGGGUGACACAAUUAUUUUGAAAGGCUGGACAGGCUACAGAGGAGGACUGGACACUAAAAAUGAUACAACAGGAACCUGUUCCAUCUAUACAGUUUUUCAAGGGCAUGAAAUUAUGUUCCAUGUUUCAACCAUGCUACCAUAUUCUAGAGAGAACAAGCAGCAGGUAGAAAGGAAGCGACAUAUUGGAAAUGACAUUGUCACUAUCGUAUUUCAGGAAGGUGAAGAGCCUUCUCCAGCAUUCAAGCCAUCCAUGAUUCGCUCUCAUUUUACACAUAUUUUUGCCUUAGUGAGAUAUAAUAAGCAGAAUGAUAGUUACAGGCUGAAAAUAUUUUCAGAAGAAAGUGUUCCUCUCUUUGGGCCUCCCCUUCCGUCCCCACCUGUGUUUACAAAUCACCAGGAAUUCAGGAAUUUUGUGUUAGUGAAAUUAAUAAACGGGGAAAAAGCCACAUUGGAAACGCCAACAUUUUCUCAGAAACGUCAACGCACUCUGGACAUGCUGAUCCGCUCUUUAUACCAAGACCUGAUGCCUGAUCUACACAAGGUAAAUAACAUGCUCAAUAGAAGGUCCUUCAGUGAUGUGUUACCAGAGUCCCCAAAAUCAACACGGAAAAAAGAGGAAGCUCGGCAAGCAGAGUUUGUCCGACUUGGUCAGGCAUUGAAAUUGAAAACCACUAUGAAAGGCGAUGCCACUGCUAACUUGGCAACCACAAGCUUUUGUAAAAAGGAGCCUUGGGAAUCUCAGUCUUUCUGCAGUAAUUUUCCUCAUGAGGUUGUCUGUGCAGAUUCUUGGGGCCAGUCCUUGCUGGUUUCUACAGAUGCUGGCAUCUUAUUAAUAGAUGAUGGUCAACCAUCAGUGCAAGUAUUUGAUAAAACACUCCAAAUAAAACAGAUGCAUGUGUUGGAAGCUCUGGAUCUUUUGAUUGCUCGAACAGACAAAGGGAAAGACUCUCGUCUCCUUGUCUUCAGACUCAGUGCUGUAAAAAAAUAUAUAGAAACAAAGCAAAUGAUAAGGAGCAAGCACGACUGCAGAGAAAACAAACUGGAGAGAACAAAAGGCUGCCAUUUGUAUGCCAUUAAUACUCACCAUGGCAGUGAACUGAGGAUCGUUGUGGCUAUUCGGAACAAACUACUUCUCGUCACAAAGAAGUAUAAUCCAUGCAACAGUUUAACCAGCAGCUCUCUGCUAUCGUCAUCUGAAUCUCCAGUAGAGGAGUUCCAGUACAUCCGGGAAAUAUGCCUUUCUGACCCUCCAGUGGUGAUGACGCUGGUGGAUGGCCCUACUGGAGAAAGUGACAAUAUGAUCUGUGUAGCGUAUCGGCAUCAGUUUGAUUUAGUUAACGAGAGUACUGGGGAGUCCUAUAGAUUGCAUCAUGUUGAAACGAACAAGGUUAAUUUUGUUGCAGCUAUUGAUGUAUAUGAAGAUGGUGAAGCUGGUCUAUUGUUGUGUUAUAACUAUGUUUGCCAGUACAGAAAGGUAUAUCCUUUCAAUGGAGGUUCUCCACUGAUCCAGCCAUCAGCUUAUGACUUCCACUUCAGCUGGAAUCAAGUUCCUUAUGCUGUUGUCUGUGCUUUCCCGUAUAUCCUUGCUUUCACUACCGAUUCCAUUGAGAUCCGAUUAGUGGUGAAUGGGAACUUAGUCCACACAGCAGUUGUGCCUGAGCUUCAACUUUUAGCAUCGAGGUCAGAUAUUUAUUUUAAAGCUACUGCUGCAGUAAAUACAUCAUCUGACAGCAGCUCUAAGGAACUGGGUUCACGGAGUUCUCCUCAGACACCAACAGCUUAUGAAAUGCCAGAAUGUCCUCUUUCAUCUCUAGAAGGUGAAGUUCCAUGCAAAAACCUAUACAAAAUUCCUCUCAGUAAUCUGGUUGGGCGAAGCAUUGAACGACCUCUGAAGUCACCUUUGGCUCCCAAGGUCAUCACUCCUACAGCAUCCAGCGGCAUUGCGUCUCUUCCAGUUACUCACUCACUGUCCUUGUCGCGUAUGGAAAUUAAAGAAAUUGCAAGCAGAACACGUAAAGAAUUGCUGGGCCUCUUGGAUGAGCCUAUGACCAAGACAGAAACUGCACAGAAGCAAAAAAAGGUUCCUCGAAGACAGUCAGACCCCAAGCAGGGAGCAGUAAGAUCAACUAGUAGUGACAGGAUAAUCUCGAGCUCUUUUGAAAGCUAUUCUGAAGGAUCUCAUCUUUCUGCUAGUUCAGACCCUGAUACUUUAGCAAACAGGGAGGAAAGCUCACCAUCUAGCUGUCCCUUGCAGCUGAUUUCCUUACAUGAUGAAGACAUCAUUGACUUGAAGUGAAGACAGUCUUAAAACCUUUCUUCCUUACUUCACAUUUUCUUACAACUCUGUGAGCUCUAUGGGAAUGUCACAAACACUGCUUCUAGUGGCAAAAUGUGGCUGGAAGUAUUGGUGAUUAAUCUUCAUAGAACCCUUGUUGUUCUGGCUAGCUUAGCCUGAUUUGGUGAUGCUUAUAUCAUUGACGUAAGUAUGUUUUCUCAGUUAAGGAACCGUUACUUUUUGUGGCAUUCUAAUAGUAGGUAAUUAAUGAGAGAUUUAGGCUGAAACUGAAGUAAAUAAAAAGCAUUACUUGUUCUGAGUUUCUUAUCAUUUCAAGUACCUGAAUGACAUUCAGCUAAGUUAAUCAUUGUUAUUACCACAUGAGUUGUGUUACAACAGUGUAUGUCAUGUGGGAAGAGGAAUUUUACAACAUAAAUCUUUCCUUUUUGUUUUAAAAACUAAACCAAACAAAAGGCUUGCGGGCAAGGUCUUGCCAAACAGUGCAGUCUGUUCUUAAAAUGAUGCAGCGAUGGUAUGUUUACUGCAAAAUCAAGAAGGUUCUGUAAAGAAUAUGUAAGAGAUGAAGAUGCUGCUUUCUUUGCUUUGGUCUGUCCACGCACAUUUUCUAGAGAAGCUUGAAAGCUGCUUGAGCAGAGAGACUUCGUAGAGAAAACACAACUUUAAGAGUAUUCCUUAAGGAUGAGAAGUGAAAAGUCAAAAAAAAAAAAGCAAACUACUGUAUUUCUCUAUCAGCUGGAAAACUGUGUAUUGUAGCGCACCUACGGGUUUUCCCAUUAUAGGCAGAAAAGCUAACAGCUAAUUUUCUAACUACACAACGGUUCCUGUGCGGGCAUCAGCAUUAGCUGUUGGCUGUUCUUGCACCAACAAUCUAAGUCAUUAUUCCAUAUAAUCAUACUUUUCUAACUGGCUCCAGACUGAAAUUUCACUGCUUAGAAUCCAGUUUUCUAUGAUGAAACAGUCAUCUUAGAUAUUUUUUUUUGUUGUUAUGUUAAAAGACAGGGUUUCAUGUUUAAAGUUUGAUUAUUUUUUUAGCCAUUUCCUCUAUGCAAAAAAUGAAUUUUAAACAGUUUUGUUUGGUUUGGGUUGCUUCCAGUUUUAAGGGAUGCUUCAGGCUUCGAAGAUUUUAGCCUUAUUAGCAAGUGUUUCUUGUUCUAUACGUAGAAAUACUUCUGUAUCCUUUAUUUUAUUUUGUGAUGCCAUUCACGUGUCGCGGUCUCAUUUGCUGUCCGGCUCUGACCAUCUGGACGCGUGUGCCUUUCGCUCCAGCCUGGCUGAAUGUGUAACUCUUUGCAAAGUACUUUUUUGCCCAGUUUAUUGUAGAUAGUGGCUUAAUUGUUCCACCGAAGAAAACAUGCAAGGUGUUAACUGAAAGCAUCAUUUCUUAGUCUGGAGUGGCUGAUUAAGGAAAGCAGCAAUAUUUUCAUCAGUAAUUAAUCUAGGAGCAGACGCAGUAUUAACCAGUGGCUACUAUUAUUUUAGUAUUUUGGCACCCAUCGAUGUGUGGCAUGAACCUUAAUAAGCAUUGAAAAGGAAGUGCCAGCUCCAAGUCUUUGCAAGAGCUUGCCACUCUUUUUGAGGAUGUUCUUUCCAGGCACUGUGUUAAUUUACCCUGUCCUAUUUAAUCUGAACAGCCAAGUUUUAAAAAAUCAAUCUGAAAUUAUCACCUGAUGGUUCUUCUCCUGGAGGCUGUAAACACUUCUGUGCUCUUAACGAAUCCACUUUAGGGAGCACUGCAUGCACUUAGAUGUUUUUAGAAAGCAAAACCACCACCUUUUUCCAUAAGUGGGUUUCUCGAUGUAGUAUUUAAUUUCUGUUAUGUGGGAGUUUUCGAAGACUCUACCAGUGUGUUGCAAAACUGGGGCUUUAGUUAAAAUACAGUUUUAACUGGACGCUUUGCUUCGCAUUGUUAGGAUAUCAGAUUUUUAAAUGUAUUGCAGAUGUUCACGUGUGCUGUUCUAGCAUGAUUUAACAUGACUAAACCAUAGUUCUGUAGCAGCUAAAGCAAUACGUCGAGAUCUUAAAACUUGUUUUGAAGAACCUGAGCACACGUAUUUAGGUUUCCUGAAAGACAAGCCUUAGACAUGGAACAGUAGUGAGGUCAAAAAGACUGACAGAAAGAUUGACUUCUGGCUAUGAUGGUACUCAGGAUGCAUACAGACGUGCCAUCUGCAUCAUAACGAAGACGUGAUUAUAGAAAGAGGGGCCUUAAAGCAGGAGUUAUUUUCUUUAACCAGAGCCACUGCAGUGGCUGUGAAGUAAGGGGGGGUGGGCAGGGAACCUGUGAAGGUCUGUCUGUAAUCACAGCACUGGUGACAUCCAGCAAAUACUAACAGCAAAAGCACUAAGGAAUACAGAUGAAAUUCGGUUGCUUAAGCUGACAAAACCAGAUGAAACCAUUGUCAUGGUACUUAUCUGGAACAAGAAGUUGAUUUAGUUUGCAGGGGGAAGCCUUACAACUGCCUCCCCACCACCUCCUACCUGGAUUUCUGUGCUACAGCUUGACUGCCCGGGUCAGGUGCAAGCUGCUCCUCAGGUCACAAUGGGAAAGACCAGACGUAAGACUCUUACUGACACAGGACAGGAAGGAGAAUAACCUGUCUUCAUUCCCAAUGUAUGCAGCAGGUGCCUUAAAAAGGCUGCCAUUUUUUGGUUUUGCUUCUGUGUGUCUUGCAGGGAUGUUGGGAUUUGAGAUAUAUAAUCCUUUGGGGAUUGAGUUGGUUUUAUAUAUAUAUAUAUAUAUAUGUAUAUAUAUAUACAUAUAUAUAUAUAUAUGUAGGUAUAUGUAUACAUUUUUAAUUUCUAUCACAAGUUUUAAGAGAUUAAAAAACCUAAGCAUAUCUAGGAAUCUAAAGCAAUGGGAUCUUGGGAGGCGGGGUUGGGAAUCCCAUCUGCAAGUGUCAGGGUAGUUCAGAAUCAUUUUUGUUGCCUUCAGUAUAUGAAAGUGAGUACCAUAUCAUAGUCAUUAUUACCAAUUUCAUGUCAUGGUUCAUAUGCACAGUGCUUGCGAAUUCUGUUAAAGCAGCAUUUUCGCAGUUGGGCUUAGCCGGACUUUGUGGAGGAAAAAAUUAUACCCUGAAAACCUAAUAUGAACGGGGAAGCUGAGAAGCCGGUACACAGCAAACAUCUGCACUUGCACGCAGGUUAGGAAGUGGUUUUUUUACUCUCACUGGUUGUGCACAGCAGCCUCACCAACCUGUUUCCUGCCUGGCUGCUUCACUUGGUUGCUGAGCUGCAGCUGACUCCUGUUUGCUACUGGAAAUCAUGGUAUUAGCACAUGAUUUGAAAAGACAAUUCGAGAGAUUAUUUUAUGCAUAUUUAUUUGUAGCUCUAUUAGGUAUUUAUCUGGUUGAUGUUAUGUCUCUAAAGGUUUAGGCCAAUGGAAUGUCAGUUUUUACUAAGACUUUGAAUGUUAGCAGACUGCUUUGUAAUUUAAUAAUUGCAUAUUAAGACUGUUGCUACAUUUGUGAUCAAAAACUAUGUACCACUUGUCUUAAAUGCCCAUGUAUAACCAUUGUUUUUUAUGUCAUGUGAUAGUGUGUAUGGUUUGUGUUUUAGAUAUGACAGCCAAAUAGAAACAGUCCUGUCACAGCUGAAAUUGUUUUAAGUGCCAUUUAUCACCUUUGUGAAGGAAUAACAGAGUCUUUAUUCCUUCCUAUGUAAUAAACCAUAAAUUUGAUCUCA